UGACGCAGCAUGCUCCAGCGCAAGCAAAGCGAAGGCACUGCGACCAAAAGGCGGCCACGUAGCAGCGACGGGCCAUCGACCCCAAAGCGCGCCAAGACGGUGCACUUUAGCAGCGCGACGGUGUACGAAUUCCGCCGCGCGCACGGCGGCAGCGCCGUGCCGAGCGAGGACGGACCUCCGCUCGGCAUGGCGUACGUCCACCAGCGAGUGCAAUGCGUGGAUAUUGCUUCGAUCGAGACGACCCCGCGUCGCAUCAACCGGUACAGCAGUGCUGAGCGCCGCGCGAUCUUCAAGAAACUCAGUUAUCCGUCGCGGCUCGUGGAAGACUUUUGCGCAGACGCUGCGCACAUCCGGGCAUCCCGCCGGGCCACCACUACCCAAUUUGCCAUGGACGUCACCAAACGUCUCGUGUACCAGCGUGAUCGCAAGCAGCAGCGCGACCGCAACAAUACCGAACGCAAGGCCCUCGAGCACUAG